AACGAAUUAUUCUGCUCGGUUGCCUGAUGGCUACUGGCCUACUAGCUACACUACACUAGUACUCCUUGGUUCAUUCUACCUUUGGCCAAAGAAAGAGCUCAUCUCUCCCCAGCACACACACGCUUCUCCGUCUCCAAAAACCCUCUCUGCACGGGCACGCCAUGGACAAUCCUCCAGCCGGCAACGCGGCCAAUCCUCUGGCAGCGGCGGCGGUGGCCAAUCCUCCUCCGGCGGCGGCGGCGGCAGCACCAGCAGCAGCAAACAACGUGCUCGAUCAUCUGGCGGCGGCGGAGGCAGCAGCAGCAAACAACGUGGCCAAUUUUCUGGCGCAGCAAGCAGCAGCGGCUGCAGCGGCGGCGGCAGCGGCGGAUGCUGCUGUAGCGGCUGCCGCUGCAGCGCAGGAGCGGCGCCGCAAGGAAGACAAGGAUUGUGCGUGCUUGUGCUGUGUGUACAUCUUGGGCGUGCUGCUCUUCUUUGCAGUGAUGAUUCUGCUGACAUCGAAGCCAUGGAAUCGAGGCUAGAGAGCACGAACGUGCCGUACGUGAUGAUCUCUGGAGCAUCGACUUCCUUGGAACUAAUUAAUGACUUACCAGGUGGUUUUCUCUAGUAGUAGUACUACCAUUGUGUCCGAGAUCAGGUAAUCUGUUGGUGGGAAAGAAGAACUAGUACCGUCUAGAGUGGUGGGUAGAUUUGAUCAUGUAAAAAGCCGAGUAAGAUUUCAGUUUAUGUGACGCCUA